AUGCUAUAUAACAAUUAUGGUUUUGAAGAUAUAAUCAUCGUCAUGGGUGCUCGUCUUUCUCGAUCCGAUUUUCAUUGGGUCUAUACUGAUGAACCACAUACCACACGUCGAAGAGAAAUGUUACAAAAAUAUCCCGAGAUCAAACAUCUGAUGGGCCACGACUGGCGCAUUGCAGCUCAAGUCGUUCUCACCGUUGUUAUUCAAAUAGUGAUAGCCAUUUUAGUUCAAGAUGUUUCAUGGAAAUAUGUUUGGUUCUUGACAUAUGUUAUCAGUGGCACACUCAAUCAUUCACUCUCUAUCAGUUUUCAUGAAAUCGGUCAUAACUUAGCUUUUGGUAACCAUAAACCAUUAGCGAAUCGAAUACUUGGUUUCGUUGCUAAUUUACCACUCUGUAUACCGUCAUCUGUAACAUUCAAAAAAUACCACAUCGAUCAUCAUAAAUUUCAAGGUGAUGACAUGCUCGAUCCUGAUCUGCCAACUUAUUUUGAAGCAUGGUUGUUUCAAUCGCGUGUUGGUAAAUUCUUCUAUAUUUUGGCACAACCAUUACUUUAUGCCAUACGGCCAUUAUUACGUGUACCGAAACCUGUGACAUUACUGGAAGUGGUUAAUCUGUUAAUUGAAUUGAUUUUCGAUGCAAUUAUCUUCUAUUUUCUCGGACUGAAAUCAUUUGUUUAUUUAUUAUUCGGUACAUUAUUAGGCUUAGGUCUCCAUCCGAUCUCGGGCCAUUUUAUAUCUGAACAUUACAUUUUUGUCGAAGGCUAUGAAACAUAUUCCUACUAUGGCCCAUUGAAUUACUUAACAUUCAAUGUAGGAUAUCAUAAUGAACAUCACGAUUUUCCAAACAUUCCCGGUUAUGCUUUGCCUCAGUUGAAAAAGAUCGCACCGGAUUAUUAUGAUAACCUUCCUUGCCAUUAUUCGUGGACAAAAGUCUUGUAUGAUUUCAUUCGUAAUCCUGCAUUAGGUCCACAAUCACGUAUUCGACGAACAAUUCGCUCUGAGGCAUUGAAGACGAAGAAUGCUAUUGACAUGAAGAACAAAUCGAAAGUGAAUGAAAUUCUUCAUGAAGUCGUUGAUAACAACAACAAUUCACAUCCACAUAUGUCGAAAGAAGAACGCAAGUUACUCAAUAUGAAGAAACAUUCCAGUCGAUUGCCAACAGCAGUCAAGUCUACUGACCAACAUACAAAGAAUGAAUAA